AUGACGGUUUCCACGCCAACAUUACCGACGAAGCAGAAAGCUGCCGUUUACAACUCGCCAGGAUCUGUUUCUAUCGAGAUUGUGGAAGCUGACAUCCCUGAGCCAGGCCCAGAUGAGGUCUUGAUAAAUUUAACCCAUUCUGGUGUCUGUCAUUCCGACCUCGCUAUUAUGACAAAUAGUUGGACAGGCCUUCCACCGGCCCCAGUAGGACAAGUUGGCGGCCAUGAAGGAGUUGGUCGUGUCGUGAAGCUAGGUUCGGGAACAGCCAGCUCUGGCAUAAAGAUCGGGGACAGGGUUGGUGUGAAAUGGGUGGCAAGCGCUUGUGGAAACUGCGAACCAUGCCAAAUGCAAUUGGACAGUCUUUGCUUUAACCAGAAGGUGUCUGGAUUUUACACUCCUGGUACUUUCCAACAAUAUGUCCUGGGUCCUGCAAAUUACGUGACCAGGAUCCCGGAUGCAGUGGAGUCUGCUCAAGUCGCGCCUCUACUCUGCGCAGGACUUACUGUCUAUUCUGCUCUUAAGCGCAGCUUAACCGCGCCUGGGCAGUGGGUCGUCAUCUCUGGCGCCGGGGGUGGCCUAGGACACCUGGCAGUUCAAAUUGCCAGUAAGGGGAUGGGAUUCCGUGUCAUUGGUGUUGACCACGGAACAAAAGCAGAUCUGGUCAAAGAUUCAGGCGCCGAACAUUUCGUGGAUAUUACCAAGUUUCCUGCAGAUGACGAUGGUGCUGCGAUUUCAAACCACAUCAAAGCUCUAACUGGAGGACUUGGGGCUCACACCGCCAUUGUCUGCACUGCUGCCAAUAGUGCUUACAGCCAAGCGGUUCAAUUCCUAAGGUUCAGCGGUACUCUGGUCUGUGUUGGAAUUCCAUCAGGUGAAUCAAAGCCAAUCGCUAGCGCUUAUCCUGGGGUUUUGAUAGCCAAGCAAUUGAAGAUUAUAGGAUCGGCAGUUGGCAAUCGGGUUGAUGCCGUUGAGCUGUUGGAAUUCGCUGCUCGGGGGAUAGUUAAGGUCCAUCUACAGAUGGUGCCAAUGGAGGAGCUUGCGCAAGUUUUCCAGGAUAUGAAGACAGGAAACUUGCUUGGAAGAGCAGUGAUUGACCUCUCUUGA